ACCAUAAAUGUAAUAUUUCCCGCUGAUUUAUUAUCGUAGCAUGCGUCUCAUAAUACCGAGAAUUAUUUUGCAGUUGCACUUUUCCUGUAUGUUACUGUGACACACAUCUGUAAUUGAACUCGUAUAAGCCCGUGUUUCUCUCAAGACUGAUCGGAUUAGGAUUCUGUUGACAUGCGUAAUUACGCAUGGUAAAGAAUGUACUACGCACGGGCGGGGCGGGGUCGCCUCCAGCUGCGGUGGUCCAAGGGGCUGAUGCUGAUGGAUCCGGCUUGACAGAACAAGGUUAUCCACCAGGAGAGAAACCGUCCAUUUUCUUCAUCCGCUCCUCACUCACAGCAGCAGCAGCAGCAGCAGCAGCAGCGUCACCGGACUCCGCUUCUCCGCGCACAGCCGAAGCGCAGGACGAGUCCAGGCUGCCGCGCCCAACAGAACACGAGAUGCGACCUACUCCUGCAGCUGGCUGGGAUGCACAAGCAGAAACGCAAAUUAUGUCGUUUGGAUGCAAUCUCGUCUUUCUGGCACUUUAAGACAAGGAACGUCAAAUAAUCUAAAGGAGGUGGUUUUUAUUUCCGCACAACACUGGGGUGGAUGUAACAGGAAAAGUCAUUUGCAUGGAUCUAAUUAGCCUUUACUGAUCGUUCGCGUGUGAACUUUUCCUUCUAACAAUGUGAAUCGAGGAAAACAGCGUGUGUUUUUUGCGAUGCACCGCGCGAGAGUGUUUUUCUAACAUCUUCAGCACACUGACUCGGCGAAGAUGCAGAUGCUGCUGCUUCUAAGAACGAUCUUUUUCAUUGCAGGCUGUCCACAUGUUUUGUUGCACGGAGAAAACCGUAAUGCACACACCAAAGAACCAGUCGCUCUUAGGAGCCUUGGUGAUGCCAAACCCAGUGCCACACACCCUGCGAGGCAUCGAGCCGCAGGUACACCUGCCUUCAACAUCAGACAGACUUCAGAAGACAGCAGUUACUUGUCUUCACAUCUCUGGCUGCUUUUGGAGAGUGGAGGUAAGCGGUAUGGACACAGACAUCUCUUCUCGAACAGAACACAUGCGGUCACAGAGAGUGCCACAAACCUACAUAAGCGCUCUCAGCAACAUAAAAGGAAAAAGUUGAACCCUGCUACCAUGAGAACAGUAGGUGGACACACUAACUCUAUAACAACAAGCAAGCGAGAAAGAAACCACAGACGCAAAAGAGGCACAAAGGAACACCACAAGAAAGUGUUUAAGAGCUUGAAAAGGGGCCAGAAUAAAAGCGCUGCCCCAUUGAAACCAGUUGAAACGUAUUAUAACGCCCUGACAUCCUCUUUAUCCAUGUGGGAACCGAUGCCCAAGCCUCUCGCUCUCACCUCCACAGAUUUCCCAUUCGAUCUCACCAGAUAUGCCGAGGUCCACACCAAACAGAUAGAUGACCCAUGGGACGCCACGCCGAUGACCCCUCCAUACGCAGAGGAUGAGGAGAGCGAAUUCUUCCCCAAUCCUUUCUACCCCGUCACUAGCGAGACGUAUGGGGCGUAUGCAAUCACCAUCGUUUCCGUCCUCAUUUUCGCCGUGGGAAUAACGGGGAACAUAGCAAUAAUGUGUGUGGUGUGCCACAACUACUACAUGAGGAGCAUCUCAAAUGCUCUUCUGGCCAACCUGGCCAUCUGGGACUUUGCACUGCUCUUGUUUUGCCUGCCACUCGUGGUGUUUCACGAACUCACAAAGACCUGGCUGCUGGGCCAGUUCACCUGUAAAGUCGUACCCUAUAUUGAGGUGGCGUCUCUCGGCGUUACCACCUUCACCCUCUGUGCGCUCUGCAUUGACCGCUUCCGCGCCGCGACCAACGUGCAGAUGUACUACGAGAUGAUUGAGAACUGCACCUCCACCGCCGCCAAGCUGGGUGUCAUCUGGAUCGGCGCCUUGCUCCUCGCCCUCCCCGAGCUCCUGAUCCGCCAGCUGGUGUCAGAAAACGGCGACAGCACGGUGGACGAGCUAGCAUCCGAACGCUGCCUGAUCCGCAUCUCCACGUCCCUUCCUGACACGCUGUACGUCCUGGGCCUGACCUACGAAGGCGCGCGUCUCUGGUGGUGCUUCGGCUGCUACUUCUGCCUGCCGACGCUCUUCACUAUCGGCUGCUCGGUGGCCACUGCAAGGCGAAUCCGUCGUGCUGAACGCGGCUGUGCCAGAGGCAACAAGAAACAAAUCCGAUUGGAAAGCCAAAUGAACUGCACCGUGGUGGCGUUGGCUAUUGUCUACGGCGCGUGUGUGGUUCCUGAGAACGUAUGCAACAUGGUUUCGGCGUACAUGGCGGCCGGGGUCCCGCAGAGCACCAUGGCACUGUUGCAUCUGCUCAGUCAGCUGCUGCUGUUCCUGCGCGCGGCCGUCACGCCGGUGCUGCUGCUGUGCCUCUGCAGACCCUUCGGUCGAGCCUUUCUGGAGUGCUGCUGCUGCUGCUGCGGAGACGCCUGCGGGAUCGCCGCUCACUCCUCGGCCACGGCCAGCGACGACAACGAGCACGAGUGCACGACGGAGCUGGAGCUGUCACCGUUCAGCACUAUACGCCGGGAAAUGUCCAACUACACGGCAACUGGAUCCCACUGCUGAGGGAAUGUGUGGGGAUUCCAGUGCCUACUGUACUGUACAAGCACAUGCUUUUGUUUUACUGUGUAAAUACUUUGACCACAACCGGUGUGUUGCUCUUUUAAAGAAGCUAAAGUAGACUGAAAGUUAUGUCAGUACUUUUUUUUUUGUAUAAUUGUCCUUAAUAUAUAUAAAUAUAUAUAUAAAUAUA